CGCCGGUAGCCUUAAUGGUUCAGAGGCGAUUGUGGUUUGCAUGUGAUGCCACCAGCCACUUCCGGAUAAUGCCACAACCAGGUGAUUGCGGUUGAGUUUGUUGGAUAAAUAUUUCAUGUAAAUUGGAAAAUUGCUUAAAAACCAAAACGUAAUGCUCAAGCGAAAGAAACUUCCUUUCGUGACACGUUCUUGAUAGAUGACAGACUGAUGUUACAAUGAAGAUGUCGUUAAAGAACACGUCGUUACUUUGUUUGGUAAUCCUGCAGUCAACUUUUUUGCCACUGGUUUGCAGACUUUUACGACUUCCAUGCAAAAUGAUUGCAGAAUUUAAAAUUGUGCAUCGAGGCUAUUGGCUGCAGGGAUCAGUAAUUGCAGAAUUCACAGAGGCUGGACUCCAGGAUUGCUAUGGAUACUGCUUGCAUAAUCCUAGAUGCAAGUCUUUUAAUAUUGAAAAAGACGACUAUGGAACUUGCCAACUGAAUUCAAUGUCCAGCCACGAUGUCCUAGAUAAUAAAACGCUUACUGCUAAUGGAAACUGGAAUUUCCAUUCAACUAAUUUUUCUGAAAAAAUGGUUGGUCAUAACUGCAAAAUGAAAAAUCCAUGCAGAGGCGAUGAAAUAUGCCUGGAUACUUGUAGCUGCCCCGGAUACGAGUGCCUCAAUUGCGCUGGAAAUUUGAAAAAUAUCCAUUGCAACAGAUGUGCCAGUCAUCCAUGCCAAAACGGAGGGACAUGCAAUGAAAUGAGCACUACGCUGUGUAGCUGCAUUGAUGGUUUUAUAGGACCAUUUUGUGAAAAUAUAGAUGAGUGUUCGAGCAAUCCUUGCAACAAUGGAGGCACUUGCAACGACAGGGUUAAUGGGUAUGCAUGUACCUGUGCACCUGGUUACACCGGAAUUCAAUGUGAAACAAAUAUCGAUGAAUGUUUGAGCAAUCCUUGCAUCAAUAGAGGCACUUGCAACGAUAGGGUUAAUGGGUAUGCCUGUACAUGUGCACCUGGCUACACCGGAAUUCAUUGUGAAACAGAUAUCGAUGAGUGUUUGAGCAAUCCUUGCAUCAAUAGAGGCACUUGCAACGAUAGGGUCAAUGGGUAUGCAUGUACAUGUGCACCUGGCUACACUGGAAUUCAUUGUGAAACAGGAGCCUGUCUACAAUACGCAGAACUGUCCGAUCCCUCAAGGUCUAUAAAUCAUAUAGUCAAUUAUGGAGACCAGCUCAGGUGUGACAACAACCUAGUAACUUCUCAAUGGUAUCGCUUUACUGGUGAGGCAGGGACGACUAUGCACACAAGCUGUCCAGAAUACUUUGGCACAGUUUUUCGAUGCAGCACACACGCUGGCGGCUGGCUUAACGGGCAACACCCAACCAUACAAGAAGGAGAAGUGGCAAGAGAUGUUUGCUUUGCAUGGAAUGGAAAUUGUUGCAACUGGGUUUACAGUAUCAAAGUGAUUAAUUGUGGCAAUUACUUCAUCUAUCAAUUGCGACCAACUAGUUGCUCAUAUCGAUACUGUGGAUCAGGUUGAUCGAGCGUACAGCAGAGAUGUAACAUGUAAAAAAUUUCAAUAUCUUUGAAAAGUGUUGAAGAAAACAGGCGUUAAGUAGAUGAGUCUUUUUAAGAUUGUUCAACUCGCUGGCAUUUGAUAUUCGAUGACAAAUUGGUUAGUUUGUGUAACUAUAGACAUUCUAUUUUAGUUAGGCUUUUGCAAUAACUUGUUUAUUCUUUGGUCCAUGAUACGAACAAAGAAAGGAAUAAGCACUCCGAUUAUCUAGUUAAAUGGGAAAACGACCGUCAUGACAAUUUGUGUUUUUUGUCAGGGCUUCAAAUGAAGUAGCUUGUAUACUAAGGAAUAGUUUAGACAGCGCGUUAUGGGCGCAGCGAAUCAAAUUCAAUUAGAUGCGCUCAAAAUGCGCCCGUAGAUGCGCUCAAUUUAUUGUUUGCUUUAAGACAGCGAAGCGAAUUGAAUUGAUUCAUAUUUUGAUUCAUAAGGCGCUGAUAAUGCGCCCAAGUGAGCGCAUUAUGAGCAAAUUCAAUUAUUUGCUUCGAUUUCACUUUUAGUCAGCGAAUUAAGAGCGCAUUAAAUUGACACUCACAAUAUUUUAUGGUCAAUAAUUUAAUUCGCUGCACCCAUAAAGCCCUGUCUAAACUACGCCUAAGCCACAUUGUAAACCAGCAUUUCGUACAUUUUUAGCCUAUACAGCAGAGAAUUGUUAUCAGUCAAUCUAGGUGUAACAAAGGCAUAAUUGGCUUUCAAGAUGUUUAUUUUGAAAGAUAAAUAAGAAUUUUAUUUAUUCAUUUUUGUUUGCUGACUUGUAAUAUCACGUCUAUUUGCACAUUUUGUCUAGUUUCACAUUCUUAUAUUGCUUGCCACCAGUAAUUUUCCUCCAGCAAUUCGUCCUGUAUUCCUGACUAAUUUUUACGCUUUGCUAUGCACCAUCCUUCAUCUUGCUUCUUAAUCCUUUCUAAUCUCUUAUCACUUAAGGAUUAUUAUUUUCAGAAGCGCUAUGUAUAUUCAUUUAUUCAAGCUUGAAGUAAUUUACCAGUUGAUUAAUAAAGCAACAGUUUCAGUUAAAAACCUAAAAAAAUUUGACUUGAUUCGGUCAAUUUGUCUCAACAGCACAGAUUGGCGAUAUCGUUCUUAAAUAUAUAAAUCUCGUCAUUGAUUGCUCGAAGUCGAUGCACAACCACAACUGCAGCUUUCAAAGAUGCAUUUGGAAAUUAUAAGAUUGUUUAAUUUGUGAUACAGAGACUUUACGUGCGACAACUUUUCGUCAAAUAUGACACCGAGUUUUACGUUUUUUGCAUCGUUUGAUUGUACUUUUUCAUUAUUGAUACAUGGGUUUGAGAUUAAAUUAAUACAUAGUUUAUUGAGAAACAUUUGAGAGCAAUAGAAUGAUUUUUCGACGCAUUAGUGCAAUAGAGCACAUAGAAAUCUGUAAAUGGUUGACAUGGAAGUCAAUGAGCGUUUUGGCAAUUUUGCGCAAAAAUUUUCUUUUUUUUGGUCAGAGUGAUUCCAAUGCGUGAAAUUGAUUGACUACUUAAGUAUUUUAUUUGAAAUUUUUCAUUUGAAGUGCGAUAAAAGAGUCGUAUCCAGUGAUGGAUAAAAUGCUGGUAGGCAUAAACAUGCUUAAGGUCUUACGUGCUCAAAAAGUACGUCAGUGUCAAAAAGCCUUCGGCUUUAUUAUGCAUGACCCAAAUACUUUCGGGAAUCACCUUAACAUGAGCAUAAACAAUUGAACUUAAAACAUCUGCGCACACUGCUUUGAAAACAAGAGGCCCUUCAACUUUUAAAGUAUUUAUCAAUAGCUUAGUAUCAGCUUAGUAUUGAUUCACGAUAAAAAAAGACUAGUUUGAAACCGAUUUUUCUUGCAGACAAAGGGCAAUGCAGCUGCUUCUAAACAGUUUCUUUCCCAACGUAGUCAUUGAAUUGAUUAUUAAUUACUUACAUUGAUCGUUAUUGUAGUCAUUGAAUCCCGAUAUCAAAACUGCUUUGUUCGUGUUUUUCUUCAAUUAGUCCUGAUACAGCUUUCCUUUCAGAAUUCAUUACCCAUGUGUACCUUUCUUUCUGCUCAACGCUGAUUCUUUCUUGCUCAUUACCUGAUUACGGUUGAUCGCCAGCAGUAUUUUCUAAUGCAACAGGAACUUUUGUUGCAUUCAGAGAAGAGGGAGGAGUAAAUGCCCCUAGCAAUGAUUAUCAUAGAGCAGUCCAGGGAUGGGAUUGCAUUUACAGUUGCCAUGGAGUUGUGUAUAAAGACUGUUGCGAUAGGAGAUGUUUUGUUUAGCAUUUAUUCUGGUGUUGCGAUUGCAAGUGAAUAUUUCGUCAAUGUGUAGAGUCUUCUUCUUUGCAGGAUCAUCUUUACAUACCUUUCUGCUUCACCUUUACAUUUAGGAUACCUUAGGUAUCUUAAACAUUUAGGAUAGCUUAGCAAGUUCUCUAAUUUCACAAGAGUUGAAGAGCAUAUUCUCAGCAACGACUGCCUGUUGAGUUACAUGACGUGCAGAAAAUAUUUUGAUUGCUAGAACAACUAAAGGUGCACACACACUUCGAACAUUAGUAGCUUCUGGGUAUUUGGAAAAAAGUCCACAUCUAUAAGGCUGUUUUUCUCAGCAAAAUCGAAUAAAUCUGCUCCAACUUUUUAACAUGGGCCAUUUGAUACAUUGUGUUUAUGAAUUUGGUUCUUUUACCUGGUUUCGUUGAAAUUUUGACACAUUUCACAUCUUGACACAACCUUCUCGAUUUCUCUAUACAUGUUGGGUUGUUAGAUGAUAUAUCUGACUAAACAUUUUUGUUUCUCGAUGCAAUCUUUUUUAGGCAUAAUUUCUGUCUUUUUCUGAUAUCAUAACCUUGUUUGACAAAAACAAUUAACCAUUUGCCUCUUUUAUUUCAUCUUUGCGAUCGUAAUAAAGCAUCAUAUAAGGUGUUAACUUCUUCUUGCUUGGUCAGCCUUUUUGGAAAGACUUCAUGAUAAGUUAGAUGUUUGAAUCCAGGUGCAGCCAGUUUGAACUUGUCAAGUCCAUUCUUUAAAGUUCGAAAACGUAUUAAUAAUGACUAAAAAUUCAAGCCAAAUGAGUUAUCUUCCGUAGAUACGCUUCUGAUAAACGCUCUACUCAGUGUAUCAGCAAUAUGCAUUUGAUAGCCUGGCUUGUAUACUAUGAUCAGCUGAAAUGUCACUAGCUUCAGCAACAUGACUUGUAACCUUGAUGUAACGUUAUGAAAAUUUACUUUUGAAUAGAUGCCAAAGGUUUACAAUCAGAAUGAACCGCGAUGCUAUUACCAAAGAGAAAUUAAUGGAAUCCUUGUGGUGUACCUAUAACAAAAUUGCUGACCAUCUUAAAGUAAGCAGGCACCUAAGCUAGCUUGACUAACGUCUGUUAAAGUAGACUUUAUUUCAUCACAAUAUUCUUACCUGAUUUGAGAACUUAAUAUAUUCUUUUAAAGGGCUCAUAGCGUUGCUCUUUGCUUUAUUCAGUGCCAUGGUGCUCUUUCUCUGGCUAUUACUUUUCAUGACUCUGUUAACUGAACGCCCGUCAAAUGAACUGAACAUUUCACUGAGCAACGCUCAACAUGCUAGAGAAAGAGCACCGGUAAAAUUGUGGACCGGUAAAAUUGUUCGACGGAUUGGGAUGAGGCAGGAAUUAACCGAAGUUUUUUUCGCUAAUGCCAAAAAACAUCAUUAUAAAGAAGCAAUGUCACGAAAAACUUGUUAAGAAAAGAGUUAGACCGUACAGAAAUAAAUUUUUUUUUAUAUUCAAAUUCUGAUACAUGUAUUUGAUAAAUAAAUAAAAAAUGGUUCUGAGAAGAUUUACAGAGAAAAAGAUUUCAACGAUCUGACUCAGAAAAUAUCCGUUUUUUUAGUUAAAAAAGCUGUAAAUAUCUGCAAAAAAUAUUCGAGUAGGUCAACAAAGUCCCGAAAUUUCUGUUUAAACAAUUUAUUUUAAAUAUUUAACUGGGGCCUAGACAUUCAUCACCAAACAGCAACAAUAUCUGCAGUGCUCUAGCGAUGAAAUUAAAGAGGAUUCCAUAGCCAAUGUGGAUCAAGGCAUGGGAAAGAUCGGCGAUCAGCUUGGGUCAGACAAAGAUGAAUUGAACUACAUUUUCUUUAGGAGUUAAAGUCAAGAUGAUAGUGUUUUCGAUUAAUAGUCUCCAUUUCACUUCGGAUCAAACAAAAUUUAAUUUUGAUUUGCUAUUGUUUACUUUUUUAAGCUUUCUUUGCUAUGGUAUACAAUCACCAGUAUAGGAUGAUGGCGUCAUACAAUGAUGAUAACAUCAUGCAAAAAUGUUUAUAAGUAAAUAAAAUAGUAAUACUAUACAUCCCUCAAAAGCAUUGAAUGUGUACUAUGCAAAUAUGGAAUUUUUUUGACAAUAACAGUUGCGAGAAAGCACUUGCGGUGGUUGAAAGUAAAUUUUUUCGCAGUUGAUGAUGUCAUCAAAAAAUUUGACUUGUGUUCAAAAUGUUUUUCAUUCCAUCUUGGAUUUGAAACUUGCAUAGUUAGUUUAAUGAAAAAUGCAAUCAAAGUUGAGGUCAAGCCUUUGGCUGAUUUUUCAAGAAUUUCCAUCAUUUUUGGUGACGUCAUCAAAAACAUGUAAUUUCCGAUGUUAGUUUUGUUUGGCCUUUCUUGGUUUUGAGAUCUCCUUGGUCAAUUUAGCUUGAAUAUGAAAUUAAAAUUUGAGGUAAAACAGCUUGCUAGUCUUUUUCUAAAAAAUUUCCUGUCUAUUAGCACUCAUUUAGUUUGUCGCAACCAAUUUCUCCGUUUAUCGCAAGACAGAGGUCGUUACACCUCCCAAUAGAACUAGGAGAAAUUUUUUUAAUGCUUGAAAAUUAUAACUGGUGAAUUGGUAAUCUUAACUCGGGGUCAAUUGCUUUUAGGUCGAUGAGCUCUUCUACAGUGAUGUGCCUAAACAACUUAGCGUGGGGGUAUGAGGGGGUUGUGGUGUUCAGAAAAAUAGUGUCUAACUAUACUUUUGGACAAGCUAUCUCUUAUUAAAUAUUUAAUAAGAUUGAAAUUUAUUAUCAUAUACAGUCUAAAUAAUAAGUAAGAAAGAACAAAUAGUUGUGCAAGAGUUUAAAGAAAAUUAAGUUUACAGAAACUGAUAUUUCUGGAUAUCGCGAUUUUUCGGUGAAUCCAUGGGCACCUUUUCGCAAAAAAUUAAUUAUUGGGGAAUCGGCAAAACGGACUACAGCUUGUUUUGAGGCCCUGAAGCAAAUUGAAGACGAGACCCCUGCGAGCGAGUAGAAAUUUUUUGCUAUCACACCUUUCAGAUGAGCUUAGAAUUCAUGGGGCAAUUAGUCCCCCUUAUCUCCCAACUCGGCGGCCCUGAAUACAUUUAAGUAUGCAAAAAACUGUAAAUCCUUGAAGUUUCUUUUAUUGAAAGCACUUCUGCCUCAAAUAUAAAUUAUGGUAAAACAACCAGACCUACCAUCAGUGAAACUAACUAUUUAUUGUCGAAAAAGAGUUUUUCCAAAAUUCAAUUUCCUUUUGGCAAAUAACUGUU